GUCUCAGAUAUAAAGGGUUCAAAAGUGUCAAAGCAAGGUGGCCCAGCUGUCCUUCAAGUCCCUCUGAAGGUUUGGUGAGCUUGGGUCAUAUGUAGUCCUUGAUAGGAUUCUAUUUUCCCCCUUUAUCUCUUGAGGUCUUUGGACUGGUCACUGUUGGUUGUCUGCAUUGUUAGGACUGAAAUCUAUGCCUGUGCAAACAAGAAACAUCAAAAAUGUAGGGUCGGGAGUUGUUAAUUUUGUAGUUCUGCUGCCAUUGCCCACUGAGAACUUCUGAGAUUUCCAUUUAGAAGUGGCAGUGUGCAGAAACAUGUCUCGAGAAGAAAGGGAAGGUAUUUCCCAGGUGGAGAUUUUAAACAAUGGAACCCUGACAUCUCCCUUUACACUUUUGCUUCCUUCCUUCUUAGUUCUCAGAGGAGCCCUGCUUACUGCAGAGGGUUUGGACUAGAUGACCUUUAAAGGUGCAUCCCAACACAAUACAUUCUAUGAUUUUAUGAGUUUCUUAAACUAGUGAGACAAACAAGCUGGUUAGAUUUACUGCUUUUUCACCUCAUAAAAGUGUCCUCCACAAGAACAGGGUGAGAGGGAACUAAGUGGUCUUCAGUAGUCCUCUUCUGAGGACUCUGGAAAUUCAUUGAGAGCUUUCUUCAUUCUUCAGAUGCCUGCACAUUUCUGGUACUGCUGCCUAAGUGUCUUUUCUAUACCAACUGUAUCUCCAGCUGUUUCAUAUCCAGAGUUAUGAUGGCUAUAGAUCUGGGAGACAACAGCAGCCUGUGUUUAUACAUUCUUCUAAACAGACAUAAAAUGCACCUAGGAACUCUGGGAAAAAUUCAAGCAGGAUCUAAACCGAGUUGGAUAAGUUACAUUCAAGUUCUGCCUUGAUUUUUACACUUAGAAGCUACAUGAUUUUGAUUCAUUCUUGGUUUGCAAAAUGAUUCUGGGGCCUUGCAGGAUGGUGCUGAAAAGUGCAACACUUUGUCCUUAUUAGUUUCCACUUCAGGUAUUGUUUGAAGAGGAAUGAGUUUAUCUUUGAUUGUUUUUAAUCAAUAAAAUGUACUUAUCUGUAAGUGGAGUUUGAUAAGAAUCAAAUACAGCAUGAAAGAACUGGUUAAUCUGUUGUUAAUGAAAAGUUUUAUCUUGAUGACAACAUCUUGAUUCUGAGAUAUUUGCUUUUCAGCAUUAGGACACAAACUGCUUCUGUGUUCAUCUACAAAGAAAUCUGCUGGGUGUAUAAGUUAACUUUAAUAAGCCUUGCAAAUGACUGUAGUUAAGAUAGUCCUCCAAAGAGGAUGGGUAAGUGCUAUUACUGUUGUGAAAAUGAAUAUGGACUUGGGAUCUGCAGAAGAGGAAAGUAUCCUAAAAAUAAUUUGCUAUUCAGAAACAGCUUUCACUUCACUUACAUGUGGAGCUCUCGUGAGGAAUCUGUACUGCACUUCAUAAUCACUACUAGCCUAAUUGAGUCAAUGAGAUUACAUCUGUAAAACUAGACUAUGUAAAACCAGAUACAAUUCCACAGUACCCACUGAAGUCAACACAUGUUCUGCUGAAUUCAGUAGAAGUGAAAUUGGAAGAUUUUAUGUACAGCAUUCAAUAAAAGCUGCAAAUUGACCAAUACCAAUGUAUAAUUGAGCUCCUGUAGUUGGGCUGUCAUUUAAAUUCCUUUCUUGCAUUCAUUGUUCAUCUGCACCUAUAUGGUUUAAUAUGGAAUCCUGAGCCAGUUCUUCAUGAGAUAGAGUCUUAACUGGGAACCACACUUGGGAUUUUGAAUAUGCACAUGUCAAGAAUCAGCCAAGAAGUUUGUGGAAUAAUUGCUAUACCUAAUGAGUUAUGUCUUCAGUCUCCAUGUAAGAACUGUGCUCUGGGCUUCUUCUGCAGAGCUCAUGCACAGAGCUUUCACUGGCUCUUUUUACUAUCAUCCAUUUGCAGUACAGUCUGUACAACCACAGUGGAUAACAGCCACCGUGAGCCAUUGCUUCAAAGUAUUCACUAGAGUGAAAAACAAGACUGCACAGCAUUUGGAGGUAUGGACAAACACCGUGGUCAUCACAAAAUCAUGUGCAAGAGUAAGUUCAACAGAAACGAUGCUGAGGCUAUGGUAGUAUCUGCAAGCAUGAACUUUAACACAGAAAGAAUAGCAGCGAUGCAUAUUGUGCCUACACAGCAAGCAAUUGUGCGAGGGCACUGCCUUGAUGGAAGCACUGGCAACAGAGUGGCUGCAUCAGCUGAAAGUCAUUGCUGUUGAUGAACAGCUGAGAGUCAUUUAUGAGGAUAACAUUCAUUUUGAUAAAGACCUUCCAGAAUUUAAGACUCAAGGUGGAGUCCAUAUUCAUGGUGACAGACUGACAGUCACUUCUCCUGUGCUAAUGUGGGUCAAGGCUCUAGAUAUGAUUUUGGAAAAGAUGAAGUCUUCAGGCUUCAACUUCUCUCAAGUCAGAGCUUUGUCUGGUGCUGGACAGCAACAUGGCAGUGUGUUCUGGAAAAAAGGAAGCAUCCAAAAUUUGAAGAAUGCAUCAUCCAAAGUGCCUUUACAUCAGUCACUGAAGGAUUGUUUCUCAGUCAGUAACAGCCCCAUCUGGAUGGAUUCUAGCACAGCUGCCCAGUGUAGUGCUCUGGAGAAAGCCUUGGGGGGAGCACAGCACUUGUCGACUAUCACUGGUUCUCGAGCCUAUGAGCGUUUUACAGGAAACCAGAUAGCAAAGAUUUACAGCCAGAAUCCCGAGGCCUACAUGCAAACUGAGAGAAUCUCUUUGGUUAGUAGUUUUGCAGCUUCCCUUUUCCUAGGAGCUUAUGCACCCAUUGAUUACAGUGAUGGUUCUGGUAUGAACUUACUGCACAUUUGGGAAAAGGUAUGGUCUGCACCCUGCCUUGAUGCUUGUGCACCUGGAUUAGAGGAGAAGCUAGGAUGCCCUGUACCAUCCCAUUCAGUCCUGGGGCCUAUUUCUCCAUAUUACAGUCAGCGUUACGGCUUUAGCCCAGACUGCAAAGUAGUAGCAUUUACGGGAGACAAUCCAGCAUCAUUAGCAGGGAUGAGACUUCAAGAAGGAGAUAUCGCAAUUAGCCUUGGCACAAGUGACACGUUGUUUCUGUGGAUCCAAGAACCAACUCCUGCCUUAGAAGGUCAUAUCCUCUGCAAUCCUGUUGAUUCCCGCAUGUAUAUGGCACUUUUAUGUUUUAAGAACGGCUCUCUGAUGAGAGAGAAGAUCAGAGAUGACUGUGCUUCAGGCUCCUGGGAGGAAUUCUCCAAAGCCUUAUCUUCUACUGUUGCUGGGAACAAUGGAAACUUAGGUUUCUACUUCGAUGUGAUGGAAAUUACUCCUGAAGCAGUAGGGAUUCACAGAUUCAAUGGAGACAACCAAAAGGUUUCUGCUUUUCCGAAGGAGGUGGAAAUACGAGCGUUGAUUGAAGGGCAGUUCAUGGCCAAGAGGAUUCAUGCUGAAAAGCUGGGAUAUAAAGUCAUGCCCAGAACAAAGAUUUUGGCAACUGGUGGUGCAUCCCACAAUAAGAAGAUCUUACAGGUCCUGUCUGACGUGUUCAACGCGCCGGUGUACACCAUCGACACUGCCAACUCUGCCUGCUUAGGAAGUGCUUACAGAGCAAUCCAUGGGCUUGUAGCUGAGAUGGAUGUGUCCUUGGCUGAUGUUGUGAAAUCGGCACCAGAGCCUAGACUGGCCGUUACUCCCGCUGCUGGGGCUGAGGAGCUCUAUCGUCCACUUCUGAAAAGAUAUGCUGAGCUGGAGCAGAAGGUUACCUACCACCCAAGCUCUUCCUGUCUUCCCAAAUAGAAGCAAACAAAAACGUGUGAGUUAGCUGAAGAGUGGACUCCAAGGAGCUGUUUAAAUCAUUUGAAGGCAAAUAAUUGUUAACUGUCUGGGUUUGAGCAUGUUGCUGGAGAAAAAGCUGCACUGUGAUUUAACACCUGAUUAAAGAAAGCAUUGCACUGC